UAUCAUGGAGAGGCCUAUCACUACAACUAUAAGUAUUAGAUGUAUUUGUUAUCCCUCCCUCAUUCUAAUUGUCAAAUCCUAAUAAUGGCUUCAAUCAGAAUCAGAGGCAUGGUUAACAAAGGUUUGCAGGUAGGAAGAUUACUUUCACGAAGUCAAGGUUUUAGAGGUUUCUACAAUAUUCCAUCACAUCUUGAUAAAACCUUAACAAGCAACCAAACCGACGCUACCCUCAGCAUCACAAAGAAUUUAUUCCUGAAAGAAGAAUUUCAGAACAAGAACGUCGUGUUUUCGCCGUUGUCGCUUUACGUCGCACUUAGCAUGGUGGCUGCGGGCUCGGAGGGCCCCACGCUCAAUGAGUUUCUCACCUUCCUCCGAGCCAAAUCCACCGACCACCUCAACUCCUUCACCUCUAAGGUCGCCUCGGUCGUGCUUCGUGAUGGUGCUCACGACGGCGGCCCUCGCCUCUGUUUCAGUAACGGUGUGUGGGUCGAACAAUCCCUUCCUCUUAUCCCUUCCUACAAACAACUGGUGGCUACUGAUUACAAGGCCACCUUUGCCUCUGUUGAUUUCAAGAAUAAGGCUCAUGCAGUGGUCAAUGAAGUUAAUUUAUGGGCUGAAGAAAAGACAAUGGGCCUUAUCAAGAACAUUCUUGAUCCGACGGAUUUUGAUAACUUAACUAGGCUCAUCCUUGCAAAUGCUAUGUACUUCAAAGGUGCAUGGGAAGAGCCGUUCGCUGCAUCAAAGACGAGGGACCAUGAUUUUCAACUUCUUAAUGGCACAUCAAUCAAGGCUCCCUUCAUGACCAGCAAGAAGGACCAAUUUAUUGGUGUUUUUGAUGAUUUCAAAGUGCUUAGACUCUCUUAUGACCAAGGUAACGAUGAUCGUCACUUCUCCAUGUACAUUUUCCUUCCAAAUGCAAAUGAUGGGCUGUCGGCUUUGGUUGAGCAAGUGACUUCUGAAUCUGAGUUUCUAGAACGCCAUCUUCCUUGUCAAGAAGUGAAAGUAGGUGAUUUUAGGAUUCCAAAAUUUGAGAUUUCUUUCGGACUGGACAUUUCUAAUGUGGUGAAGGAGAUGGGACUAGUUUUGCCUUUCUCCGAAGAUUAUGCAGAUUUUACAAAAAUUGCGACUCCUCUAGAUGAGCCUCCUCUAUGUGUUUCCAACAUAGUACAAAAGUCUUUUAUCGAAGUGAAUGAAGAAGGCACUGAAGCUGCAGUUGUGACUGCUAUACAAGUGAGGUGUGGGUCUCUAAGGAUACGUUUUUUACCAAAAGUGAUAGAUUUUGUAGCUGACCACCCUUUUCUCUUCAUAAUUAGAGAAGAUUGGUCUAAAACAAUCCUCUUUACAGGACAAGUGCUUAAUCCUCUUCAUGAUUGAAAUGAUAUCAUCAAUGGCCACUUCGGAGAAUAACAAAAUCAUUAGUGAUUUGAAUAUUUUUUUGUGAUUUUCUCAUUAUUUUUAUUCGUUACAAUAGGACUUUAGUUGCUUUAAAUGUGAUGAAAGGUAAGACAUGUUUAAUUUAUUCAUGUAUAAUCUCAAUAAUUCAGUUUAAUACUUUUCUCGA